GUAUUUGCAAUUAGUAGUCAAACUAAAGCUAUGUAACAUUUGAUAAUGGCCGAAAAACCAGAAGAAACAGUUCUUCGUCGGUUCUCUCACAGAAGGCUCCUUUGUCUCUUCUUCAUUCAGAACUGGACAGCUCCAAUAACAAACCCAAUGCUGAAUAUUCUCAGGAUUAUACCAAUAUAUUCUUCACAUAUUCCUUAAUUUUUAACUCCGCAAUCGGCACUGUCAGGGAGAUUAUGACAGAAAUGUUUCUGCUUUUCCAUCAUCAGCAUUAAGCGCUAGCAUUCAAGAAAAAGAUUGUUAGUUCGAAUUUUCUGAAUUACGCAUGCCUUCUGAUAUGGAAAUCAGUAACAGAGAGAUGCGUUCGCGUAUUUUGAUUGUGUGUGAUGCCACUAAAGAUCGGAGUAUUCAUGAAUUUAGGCAAACGAUUCGUCAAAUCCGGAUGUGCGGCGGUAUCGUGCAUCCGGGAGAUACAAUUAGGGUUUUUGGGGUGCUUCAUAAAGUCCUGCAUCCCAUGGGUUAUCGUAUGGGAGUGGCUCCUGAGAAUUUCCUUGGAGCAACGCAUGCCCGUGCAGUGGAAGAAGAAGUUUCAAAAAAGGUUGAUAUGUAUGUGGGCAUGCUCCAGUACAGUGCUGAAGAAUGUGAAGGAGAAAGGGUUAACAUUGAGGUUAAGAUCACUGCUGGAACUCCACUAAGGAAGGCUAUCAUGCAUGAAGUAGCUACUUCUAAUGCAGCUUGGGUUAUAUUUGAUAGGGCUCUAAGAAAGGAAUUAAGGUACUACCUUAAACACAUUCCUUGCAAGGCUGCUCUUGUGCUUGAUAACUUUACACUGAAAAUUUUGGAUCAUGAGUAUUCCAAUAAGGAAACCGAGCAUUUUGACAGCAAGCAGUUUUACUCGCUUUCCAAGCCUGUCCCACUACCACCAGUUAGUGAUAAUGAGAAUGAGCAGUCAGUCAAUACUAUCAACUAUCAUAGAUCUAUGGAAAGUUCUGAUAUGGCUAGUAGCAUCUGGCCAUCAUCAUUCACAUCAAACUCCAAGGAGGAGAGCAUUGUCUCCCAAAAUGAGACUCGGCCAAGUCCCAACCAAGAGGAAUCAGGCAAUACUAGACAGAUUAUGGAAUAUUAUGCCCCAAUAAUCUCAAAUCAAAAAAGAAGGCCUAGUCGAAAUAGAUACUCUGAUGUACCUGUGCUCUGCAUUACUUGUGGAUUAAAGACGGAGCUGGACGCAAUGCGAUAUAGUUAUCCUGAGAUUCAGCUUGCAACCAACAAUUUUUCACUUGAUAACUUACUAGGCGAAGGUGGAUAUGGUCUUGUAUAUAAAGGGAAGCUUAAGGAUGGGCAGCAUAUUGCUGCAAAGGUGCGAAAGGAAGCAAGUACACAAGGAUUUUCAGAAUUUCAUUCUGAAAUAUUUGUCCUCAGCUUUGCACGCCACAAGAACAUUGUGAUGCUUCUUGGUUAUUGUUGCAAGGAAAACCUUAAUAUCCUAGUGUACGAGUAUAUCUGCAAUAAAUCACUGGAAUGGCAUUUAUUUGAUACAAAUCAAGUUCUUGAAUGGCAUCAACGGCAUGCUAUUGCCAUUGGAACUGCCAAAGGUUUGCGCUUUUUACAUGAAGAGUGUCGUGGAAGUCCUAUAAUUCAUCGGGACAUGAGACCAAGCAAUAUACUGUUGACAUGUGACUUCGUUCCUAUGCUGGGUGACUUUGGCCUCGCAAAGUGGAAGACUGAUGAGGGUGAAAUACAAACAAGAAUUCUAGGCACUCUUGGAUAUCUUGCACCAGAGUAUGCAGAGAACGGCAUUGUCUCCGUACGUACAGAUGUUUAUUCAUUCGGUGUUAUUUUGAUACAACUGAUAUCUGGACGUAAGGCAGUGGAUUCUAAGAGGGAAGACCAGCCUUCAUCACUUAGACAAUGGGCAUUACCUCUAAUUGAAAAACUUGCAUUACAUGAGCUUGUUGAUCCUCGUCUUGGUGAAACGUGCAACACAUACGAGCUGUACAGCAUGGCUAAAACAGCGUAUUUAUGUCUCCAAACUGAACCCGAGAAACGACCAUCAAUGGCAGAGGUGCUGCACCUUCUUGAGGGGGAAAUUGAUCAUUUCAGCCACUUGACAGAUCAGUUUGGACCGCACUACAGUAAGUGAGGAGAUGGAAGCACAUCGGCUAGGCUGUCGUACUACGCCACGACUGCGGCUGAUACACACCCUUUUGUAUAUUGAAUGUAGGCUGAUGGUUAUUCUGAUGUAUAGAAAUAUAGAGUUUGGCUUUUCUCCUCUCUAUACACUAUACUAUGUGAGCGUUACUCAAAUGUUGCAAUAUAAUGAGGUUAAUAAAAGGCGUAGGAAAUUACUCA